AGCAGGUGGAGUGACGGAGCGGGGCGGACGAGGCAGCUCCCAGGAGUGGGGGGAAAUCCCCCCCCCUUCGGGUGACCCUUGGAAAGAGGGGAGGUGUCAGGGGGAAACUCCCCCCCGCCCCCUGGAACCCAGCGGGCUCUUUAGUUAGGAGGAUUUGGUACACACCGAGCUUUGGCCGGGGGCAGGGGGGGGGGUUCUGCUGCCUUUGCUCCUGGCGUGUCCGGACCGGCGAUGGAGCCCCGGCCCCGCGUGUGAAACGGACUCGGCCGCCGCUGAAGUGGGGCUGGGAGCUGCGGGGCGAGCGCGGCAGAGAUUUUGGUGCCCGGCGGGGGCAGGGGGGGUCUCGCUUUUUAUUUUAUUUUUUUGCACGCCCCUGAUGAGUUGCUGAGGCAGGGGAGGGGGCUGAUCUCCCCCCCCCCCACCUCCUCCCCUGCAAACUCCCCCCCCACCCCCGCCGCCUCGCCUGGCAAGUCGAUGGGAGCCCUGGAGCCAGCCUCCGGAGCCGGCAGCCCCGCGCUCACCAUGCUGAAUGGCACCGACAGCCAAAGUUUUGCCAAGGAGCCGCUGGAUCUGCAGGGGGCCAAGGAGCCGGCCGAGCUGAAGAUGGGCGUCCCGGAGCGGUUCUACUUCCCCGACGCCCCGGCUCCGGAGGGCUGCCCGCUCAGCCUGCCCUACAACCCCCCGAUGGUCCCCGGGGGCUUCGCCGGGAGCGCCCCGGCCACCGGCCGCUUCCUCGGCCCGGCCCUGAACAGCUGCUCCGCCUACCGAGCCCAGCCGCCGCCCGCCGCCGCCCAGCCGGGCAGCCACGGCUUCGCGCUGCCCCCCGGCGAGCUCUACCCGGGCGGCGGCGAGCUCUACCCGAGCCCGGCGGCGGGGGAAGGCUGCUACCCGGCCGCCGUGCAGCACGUGUUCCCGCGGGGCCCGCUCUACCCGGUGCCCGGCUACCAGCUCGCCGGCAAGGUCCAGGUGAUGCUCAACAACUACCCGCUGUGGGCCAAGUUCCACAAGCACCAGACCGAGAUGAUCAUCACCAAGCAGGGCAGGCGGAUGUUCCCGUUUCUCAGCUUCAGCCUCUCCGGGCUGGACCCCGUGGCUCACUACAGGGUCUGCGUGGACAUCGUCCUGGUGGAUCAGCACCACUGGAGGUACCAAGGCGGGAAGUGGGUCCAGUGCGGCAAGGCCGAGGGGAACAUGCCAGGUAACCGGCUGUACAUCCACCCUGACUCGCCCAACACCGGGGCCCACUGGAUGCGCCAGGAGGUCUCGUUUGGAAAACUCAAGCUCACCAAUAACAAGGGGGCGUCCAAUAACAUCACACAGAUGAUCGUGCUGCAGUCGCUGCACAAGUACCAACCGCGGCUGCACGUGACGGAGGUGAAGGAGGGGGAAGGGGAUGAGGCCUACCCCUCCGGCAACACCCAGACCUUCAUCUUCCCGGAGACGCAGUUCAUCGCCGUCACAGCCUACCAGAACGCCGACAUCACUCAGCUGAAAAUCGACCACAACCCCUUUGCCAAAGGCUUCCGGGACAACUUCGACUCGAUGUACACGACGGCAGAGGGCGACCGCGUGACCCCGUCCCCGCCCGACGCCACCAGCUGCCAGCAGCUCCUGCCCGGCAGCCGCUUCCCGUCCUUCCUGCACGAGCAGUACCCGCUGCCCCAGAGCCGCUACUACAACGGGGAGCCGCUGCAGCACAAGGAGCCCCCCCGCUGGUACUUCGCCUCCCAGCAGCCCCCCGCCGCCCCCCUGGAUUACAGCGCCUACGAGGGGAGCUACAGCGGGAACAAGUACAUGCCCUUCGGCAUGAAGGCCUUCCCCCUGCCGGCCUCGCCCCACGCCACGCUGCCCUACUACCAGGAGCCCCACCCCUUCGGCUCGCCGCCUGCCGCCUGGCAGCCGCCCGCCAAGCCCAGCCCCGGGGCGCUGGGCUGGUUCCGGCCCGUGCGGGACGUCAGGCCCCUGCCCGCCGGCGAGGAGAAGGGGAAGGACGCGGAGGGCUGGGCCGAGCCGGCCUCGGUCAAGUCGGUGGACUCCUCGGACUCGGGCCUGUUCGAGGCGGAGUGCAAGCGACGCCGGGUGUCGCCCUACGCCUCCAGCGCCGAGAGCUCGCCCCCCGCCCGCAACGGGGACCUGUACGACAAGGACGGGGGCGCCGACCCCGGCUACUACGGGUUCUACGGCAACUGAGGGGGGGAGCGUUUUCCUGGUGCUGAUGGGCUGGAGCUCCCCUGCCCCCCACAUCAUAUCAGGUGUCCCCAGGGAAAGGGUGUGAUGGGGGGGUGCUGCAGCCAGGUGCAGCAGAGGAGGUGAAGGGGGGAGUGAAGCUUCUCUGGGUGACUUUGCCACCCCCCCCCAGGUGCACAGUUUAAGCCUUGCCCACACAAAUGUUACAGGUUGUUGGCGGGGUGUGUGUGUGCACGACCUCGGGGUGUGUGCGAGGCUGGGCCCUGCUGGCCCAUAUUUGUGCAUUGGCACGUGUGCAAAUGCCCUCUUGUGCCUGUGUGUGCGGUCGCACAUGGGGGGGGGAAACGGGCAGCCACAGAGGUGCUCACACCCAUGUGCAUUUACACACUGACCCCCCUGCCCCAGCCACACACGAGCACAUGGCCGCACACUGUUGCCUAUUCACCUGCAGCGGUCGCACAUACACGGGGGGGGGCUCACACCUGAGAGAAAAAUGCACACAGCCGACACACUCCCCCUCUAUUAAAUUAGGCAAACAACCAACAAAGGCACCCCCCCCCCCUCCCCCCAAAGCACCAACAAUGCAGUUACCCUCAGCCAGGAGCAACAGCAGGCGAGAGCUGCAGGUCUGGCCUGACCCUGCUUAUCACUGAUGCCCCGAGUGCCUGUCUUGCCAACCGCCCCCCCCCCCCCCCAAGGCCAGGGUGGGCUGGGCACAGGGGCACAUUAUGUCUCUUCCCCCCCCUCCCCCCCGUUGCUCGCUGCUGCCCUCCGGUGGCAACCAGUGGUGGCAGGAGCACCCUGCUAGCAGCAGGCACCUUCCGGCGCCACCCCCCCACAGCGUGCUGAGGAUUUGGGCGUAACGCAGGCCUGGCCCAGUGCAGCCCCCUGCAGGCAGGCGCCAAACCACACGGGGGGGCCAAGGCUGCUCCCCUCUGGCUCUGCGGUGUCUGGCGGGGGGGGGCAGGGGGGGCCCAUCAGCCAGAAAUAUUCAUGGAUCUUGCAGCAUUUCAGAGCAGGGCAGGGCAGCCCUGGGUGAACCAGCCCCCUCCCUUUGCACCCCAGCUCCUGGCCUUCCGGGAGGUGGGCUCUGUUCUCCAGUUCCCAAACAGCAGGGAUCCUGGCCCCCGACACCCUCCACCACUUGGCUACCUAAUGAUUCAGGGGCAGAGGGGGAGUUAGUUAAACGUUAAAUGUUAUUUUUCUCCCCUCCUUGGGGCAUGCCCCGGACCGGCAAUAUUUGAAGCCUCUAGCCUGGGAACCCUGGAGGUGGAUUUCUUCAGCCAGACAAUCAGAGGACGGUGCCAGCCUGUUAGUAGCGGGCCCGGCCCUCCAUGCAGCCUGCCACGCCGGGCUGCCCCCAUUGCGGGCACGGGCCACCGGCAGCCUUGCCCCGCUCGCCCAAACUGUUUACACGCUGCCCGGCCUAGGCGGCGAAAUGUGCGGGU